AUGGCUUUUCCUUCCCCUCUCCUCCUUUUUGUUUUCUCUGUAUUUUUCUUCAUUUCUUCUUCCUUCUCAUCCAAUCUUGAAGGAGAGGCUUUGCAUGCUCUCAGAAGCAGGCUUUCCGACCCCAAAAACGUUUUGCAGAGCUGGGAUCCUACUUUAGUCAAUCCUUGUACUUGGUUUCAUGUUACAUGUGACGCCAACAAUCAUGUUGUUCGACUGGACUUGGGCAAUUCUAACAUCUCUGGAAGUUUGGGACCAGAACUCGGUGCUCUCAAGCACUUGCAAUACUUGGAAUUAUACAGGAAUAACAUUGGUGGGAAAAUCCCAGAGGAAUUAGGCAAUUUGGGAAGCCUAAUUAGCAUGGAUCUCUUCGGCAACAAAUUUGAGGGGAAAAUACCUAAGUCCUUUGACAAAUUGAAAUCUCUAAGAUUCUUGCGCCUGAAUGACAACAAGCUGACAGGUUCAAUUCCAAGGGAACUUACCAAACUCCCAAACCUCAAAGUUUUUGAUGUUUCAAACAAUGAUCUUUGUGGAACAAUUCCAGUGGAUGGUCCAUUUGCAAGUUUCCCCAUUGAAAGUUACGCGAACAACAAGCUCAAUGGACCCGAGUUGAAGGGACUAGUGCCCUAUGACUUUGGAUGUACCGAAGUGUAG